AUGGAUAAAAUUGUUCGUCAGGCCAAGGCCCUUUGCCCAUUCAUUCAGAAUGCCUCGACUGCUUCGCUUCGGUCUAUGUCUCAUGGCCAAGGUUUGACUUCUGCUGCUUCCAUGUGUCCUGUUAUGAAGAGGGCCAUUGACCAGCAAAGCCGUCAGUACUCUACUCCUUCUAAGCCUGUUCAGGACUCAGCUAGAGCUCAGCAACCCGCUGCUAAGACCUCUACCAACUCUGCUGACAAUGCUAUUUUUGUUGAUGUUCCUCUUGCCCAGCAACAAAAGAAGAUUGCUGAGGACAAGCAAAUUGGCGAAAUUUUCGGCACCUCCAAAUCUUCCAAAGAAGCUGCUACUGCCAGUUCUGUUUCCGGUACCAAUGCGGUUGGUGAGAAACAGAAGGCUAAAUUCAACUAUAACUCUCUUUACACUACAGAGUUGAACAAGAAGCGACAAGACAAGUCAUACCGUUACUUCAACAACAUCAACCGACUUGCUCAAGAGUUCCCUAGAGCUCACCGUUCUGAGCAGGCCGAUAAAGUCACUGUAUGGUGUGCCAAUGAUUAUCUCGGUAUGGGUGGUCACCCAGUUGUCGUUAAUGCUAUGCACCAGACUUUAGACAGAUACGGUGCUGGAGCUGGUGGUACUCGUAACAUUGCUGGACAUAAUCAGCAUGCUGUUGGCUUGGAGAAAAGUGCUGCAAAACUUCAUGGUAAAGGAGGAGCUCUUGUAUUCUCAUCCUGUUAUGUUGCCAACGAUGCUGCCCUUACUUUAUUGGGCCAAAGAUUCCCUGGAAUGGUCUACUUUUCUGACGAGAUGAACCAUGCCAGUAUGAUUCAAGGAAUCAAGCACUCCGGUGCUAAAAAGGUCAUCUUCAAGCACAAUGAUGUUGCUGAUUUAGAGGCCAAACUUAAACAGUAUCCCAUCUCUACUCCCAAGGUCAUUGCUUUUGAAAGUGUCUAUUCCAUGUGUGGUUCAGUUGCUCCUAUUGAAGCUAUCUGUGAUUUGGCUGAAAAGUAUGGUGCCUUGACUUUCCUUGACGAAGUUCACGCUGUUGGUAUGUAUGGUCCUCAUGGAGCUGGUGUAGCUGAACAUCUUGAUUUUGACCACUAUGCUGCUAACGGACCCGGUGCUGUCUCUGCCAAUCGUAAGACUAUCCAAGAUCGUGUCGACAUUAUCACUGCUACUCUGGGUAAAGCCUAUGGUUGUGUUGGAGGUUAUGUUGCUGGUUCUGCCGAAUUCAUUGACUGGGUUAGAUCUUAUGCUCCUGGAUUCAUUUUCACUACCAGUUUGCCCCCUGCCGUCAUGGCUGGUGCCAAGGCUGCUCUUGACUUCCAGACUACUACCAAUGAAUUUCGUCGUGCCCAACAACUCAACACUCGUUAUGUCAAAAAUCAACUCGCUGCUUUAGAUAUCCCUGUCGUACCCAACCCAUCCCACAUUGUCCCUAUUCUUGUCGGAGAUGCUGAAAAGGCCAAGGCCGCUUCCGAUCUUCUCCUUUCCAAGCACAAUAUCUAUGUCCAGGCUAUUAAUUAUCCUACAGUUCCUAUUGGUCAUGAGCGUCUACGUGUGACCCCAACCCCUGGUCACAAGAAAGAGCUCUGCGAUGAUCUCGUCGCCGCUAUUGACUCAACUUUCACUGAGCUUGGACUUAACCGUGUCAGUGACUGGUCUGCCAAAGGUGGUCUCUGCGGUGUCGGUGAGCCCGACCUUGAACAGGAACCAAAUCUCUGGUCUGAUUCCCAGCUAAAGUUUGAACCUUCUGUCUAG